UUCAGGUCAGCAGCGGUCCAGUUCAAAUUCGUGACAGGACCGACGGCACCGGACCUGCGGAUCGCGCGUCUUUCUUUGGUUUGCUGGAGAGUUCUGUUCGGCCCAUUGAUCUUUCUGCGUCCUGUUUUGGACUCAGUCAUGGAGUUGUCGGAUAUUCCUUUCCCCAUCCCGGCCGCUGAUGACUUUUACGAUGACCCCUGUUUUAACACCAGCGACAUGCACUUCUUCGAGGACCUGGACCCGCGGCUGGUCCAUGUGGGCCUGCUGAAGCCGGAUGACUCCUCCUCUUCAUCCUCCUCUUCCCCCUGCUCUUCCUCGUCCUCCCCGUCCUCCAUCCUCCAUCUGCACCAGCGCGCGGAGGUUGAGGACGAUGAGCACGUGCGCGCGCCCAGCGGCCACCACCAGGCGGGCCGCUGCCUGCUGUGGGCCUGCAAAGCCUGCAAACGGAAAACCACCAACGCAGACCGACGCAAGGCGGCGACGCUGCGCGAGCGCCGGCGCCUCAGCAAGGUCAACGACGCAUUUGAAACGCUAAAGCGCUGCACGUCGGCCAACCCCAACCAGAGGCUGCCCAAAGUGGAGAUCCUGCGCAACGCCAUCAGCUACAUCGAGUCCCUGCAGGCGCUGCUGCGCGCCGGCCAGGAGGACGGCUUCUACCCGGUCUUGGAGCACUACAGCGGGGACUCGGACGCGUCCAGCCCGCGCUCCAACUGCUCUGAUGGAAUGACUGACUUCAAUGGACCGAGCUGUCAGACGACACGAAGAGCGAGUUAUGACAGCAGCUCCUACUUCUCCGAGGCUCCAAACGGAGGCCUGAAGAGUGAGCGCAGCUCCGUGGUCUCCAGUCUGGACUGCCUGUCCAGCAUCGUGGAGCGGAUCUCCACAGAAAGCAGCUGCCUCCCGCCCGCGGCCGAUGCUCCCGCCUCCCCGCCCGCCGCUCCGCUCGGUGAGGCGGAGCGCGGCACUCGGGCCGCUCCGGCCUCCUCUCCGGCCUCCAGCCAGGACCCGAACCUGAUCUAUCAGGAUCUAUAGACCCUCUUGAAGAGCAACAAUGCUGCGCCGGCGUCUGGAAAUCAACUCUCAGACAUAUAGAUACUGAUCAUUUAAGUUUAAUUCUUUUGAACAAUUUCCAAACUUCUCCCCACGUCUCUUUCCUUAUUGACCCUUUAGAAGCUCAUUCCUGCCGGGAAAAUUGUAUUUGUUUUUUGUUUGUAUUUUUUUGUUCAAUCUUUUUUAAAAUUGAUAUUUUAUUGGUUUUAAAUAACAUGCACUGAUGAAAAAUGAAAAAAAAAUGCUUUAGUCUUAAUGAAAUCUCUAUUUUGAAAAGGGAGUCAAAAAGGGAACAAAAGUCUCAGUUUAAGGUUUUUGAAUGACCCAAUUGAAUUUUUUUUAUCUUGUAUAAAUGUCCAAAUAUUCUGCCUCAUGAAAGAAGAUACCAGUCACCUGAGUAAAAAUAAUUUUAUUGAAGGCGGAUUUUAUCAUUCCCAAACAGACACAUUUUCCAGCAGAAAUGAGCUUCUGUUUUCCUGCUUCGUGCUUAAAAACCUGUGAAAGAGUUCAGAGUAAAAGUGUAGUGCUGGAAAUAUAGAGGAAAAACACAGACUGUUUUAGUUUUAUGUUGAAAUUUUACUUUAACUUAUGCAAAAAUAUUUAAGUCAUCUUUUCUGUACUCAUUUAAACAUGGAGGCUAAUUGACGUUUCAGAGUCGACAGGCCGGAAGUUUCUUCUCCUUUAAAAAAUCAUGAAGCAACAACACCAAUUUUUUGUGCUGUCAUGAGCACAACAACAAACAGUAAUGAGAGUUCUUAAAUCUCUUUUCAGCUGAUAAAACCUCCAACAGUCUUUCAUUUUCAGCCUCUGAGGACCAUGUUUCUGUUUCUGUACAUAGAAUGUAAAUAAGAGCCGAGUUGUUCCAACUGAAAGUAUUAUGUAUCCUAUUUAAUGUUUCUGUUCACAUGUGCUUCUGUUUGUUGUGAAAUGUUUAUAUUUAUACACCUGGAAACUGUGUGGAAGCCAAAGAUAAAUAAAUGGCCUUAUUUAUAC